AUGCCGCGGGAGGUGUCGUCAUCGGUGAGAGCCGUGGUGCGGGUGAGGCCUUUGCUCCCGUUCGAAGUGGACGCUGGCCAUGAGAGUUGCUGUCAGGUCUCAGACGAGCGAUCCAUUUUGGUGAGGGUGGGCAGUGGCCAUCAAUGGCGGAAGUACAUCUUCGACGCGUGUUUGCCUGAGGACCGCGCGCAGAAGCAGGUCUUUCAGGACAGCGGUGUGAGCUAUUUGCUGGACGAGGCCUUGGCUGGCUAUUCGGCCACGGUGUUGGCCUAUGGGCAGACCGGAAGUGGCAAGACCUACACCAUGAUGGGUCGCUCCGUCUCCAGCGAGCGAAGCUCCCCCGACGAGUUUUCCAAGAAGAGCGACGACGGCCUCAUCCUCCGUGCGGCCCGACGGCUCUUCCGGCAGAUGGGCACCUUGGAUGGUUUUUGCGGCGGCGAUGGCUCUUCAGAGGGGUGA